AUGUUCACCACCGCCGCCGCCGCAAUCACCUCCACACAGCACCACCACCACCACAACCACGCCAACACAAUGGCAAACUUCGCGCCCUACCAAGACAUACCCGAAACCCAACGCGCGCUCUCCCCACCACUCACAUCGCCGCGCAUACACUCCCCCCGCGCAUCCAUCGACCGCACGCGCGCAAUCACAAGUCCACCGAGUCGCACAUACGAACAACACGACUACUUCGGCGCGGGGAACGAUGACGACGACGAGCCAGAUGUAGAGCGUGUCGCAUGGACCGCCCCACAACCCACCACAGGCUUCGGCCGCUCGCGCUCCGACGUCGACAUGUUCACGACGUCGCUGGGCUGGCGGCUCGACUACGAAGCCAUGUUCGCGUACCUGAUGCUGCCGCCGUGCGGCGGGGUGUUUCUGCUGGUCAUGGAGCAUCAGAGCGACUAUUUUGCUGUUUAG